AUGUGUGGAAACUCCGAGGUCUGUCGAGACUUGGAAUUCCUGACCCCCGCUCUUGACUGUCAGCGGAGCCCUCUGAAUGACUACCACCGCUCUAAAGGAGUGCAGCUCCGGCAUUCGUUUUAUUGGCCACAAGAGGUUCCUUUCUCAGAAGAGGAGUGUGCUAGCCAGUGUACUGGGAGUCUCCAAUGCAGAGCUUUCAAUUACAACCUCCAGAGCAAGCAAUGCCAGCUACUAUCCUGGACCAGUCAGGAAUCCAGCAUAGAACGGCACAGACACAAUCACAUUGAUUUGUAUGAAAAGAAAGAUUAUAUGCGAGAAUGCAUUGUGGACAGGGGAGUCACAUACAGGGGACGUGCCUCUGUAACCAGAAGUGGGAAGUCUUGCCAGUAUUGGAGCACUAAUGUGCCUCAUGAACACAGAAACUCGCCAAGUCAAUUCCCAGAGAAAGGGCUGGAUUUGAAUUACUGCCGUAACCCUGACAAUGAUGAGAAUGGCCCCUGGUGUUACACCAUGGACUGGCAUACCCGGCUGGAGGACUGUGGCAUCGCGAGAUGUGACCAAGAUGCAUGUUUGUUGUGCAACGGUGAGGAUUACUCUGGUUUUAUGGACCACACAGAGAGUGGGAGAGAGUGUCAGCGCUGGGAUCUCAGUUAUCCACACUCCCAUAAAUACCAACCAGAGAAGUACCCUGAGAAGAACUUGGAUGAUAAUUACUGCCGCAAUCCAGAUGGCUCACUCCGGCCCUGGUGUUAUACCACUGACCCUAAUGUGGAGCGUGAAUACUGCAGCAUACCGAAAUGUGGAGGACAGCACAAGCUGAAAGAUGUGGAGAUCACCAAGAAAUGUUUCAAACACAAUGGGGUCGGAUACAGAGGAACUGUAAACCAAACCUCGGCCAGAACUCCCUGUCAACGUUGGGACCAGCAGCAUCCACAUGCACACGAGUUCACACCAGAAAACUAUCCCUGCAAGGGGUUGGAUCAGAAUUAUUGCCGAAAUCCUGAUGGGUCAGAAGCCCCUUGGUGUUUCACAACGGAUGAAGGAGUCCGGACGGCAUUCUGUUUUCAGCUUGAACGCUGCGAUGAUGACAUUGAACCUGAAGACUGUUACCAUGGAAAUGGGACAACAUACAGAGGAGUUGUGAGUAAAACUAGGAAGGGAAUCCCUUGCCAGAUGUGGAACUUCAAUGGACAUCAGGCAUCGCGAGUCAGUGCUGAGAGCCACCCUGGUGCUGGCCUUCUGAAAAACUAUUGUCGAAACCCUGAUGGUGACAGUCACGGGCCCUGGUGUUACACCACUGAUCCCAAAGUGCAGUGGGAUUAUUGUGCCAUCCGUACCUGCAGUGGGGAAGAUCCUCCGAUUUUUGCCCCCUUUGCAGACUCAAUCAAAUUUGACUCCUGUGGUAGGCGGGAAGACCGAACAGUUUAUAACAAAAAAAGUCGGGUACUUAGAGGUCAACCUGGUAACUCCCCCUGGACUGUGAGCCUUCGCAACAGGGAAGGGAAACAUUUUUGUGGCGGGACCCUUGUGAGCAAGAAUUGGAUCAUCAGCACAAAGCAGUGCUUCUCUUCCUGUUACGCUGAGUUCAGGGGCUAUGAGGCCUGGAUGGGAACUGUGUUGAAAAAUCCCAGGCCUGAUGACCCAGAAAAGCAAGCAAUCCCUAUCCGAAGGGCCGUGUGUGGACCAAAACGCUCCAACUUGAUCAUGUUGGAGUUAGAGAGCUCUGCCACUUUGAACACUCGGGUUGCUGUGAUCUGUCUACCCCCUCAGGGGUACAUUGUUCUUGAAGAAACUGAGUGUGAGAUAGCAGGUUGGGGAGAGACGCAAGGUACAGGCCAUGAUAAUGUUCUAAAUAUCCUGACGAUGCCGGUGAUGAGUAACAAGAAGUGCAAUCGGUACUACAGAGGUCGACUGGCCGAGACCGAGAUCUGUGCUGGGACUAUGGAAAGGGGAGCUGGAGCAUGUGAGCGGGAUUAUGGUGGGCCCCUCGCUUGCUUUACCCAUCAGUGCUGGGUGCUCGAGGGAGUCAUCAUUCCUGGUCGUGGAUGUGGUCGACCGAAUCAGCCUGGGAUCUUUGUCCGAGUUGCAAUGUACGUGGACUGGAUAAAAAAAGUCAUGGCACUCUAGGCAUUGGGAUCAGAGCUCAGGCUUUCAGGGGAGAUGUGAAAAUCAGCGCCUGCAAUGACAAAUCACUCUUCCCAUUACCCGGCUCUCUUAUCAAUGCAACAUCAUUUUUCCAUGCCUGUCAGAAAUAAUCACCUUUAAACAAUUUGCAGUGUAGAACUGAAAAGUAGUUUAGUGUAGAAACCUGAUAUGUAUGGAGGAUUUGUUAUUCGAUUGACCAAUCCAUCAAUUGUUAUCUUUGGGAAGAUCUGCUAUCAAUGGUGCAAUGGAUCAAUCAUCUUUGGGAGGCUUUGCUAUUCACCGCAGUAUGAAUCAAUAAAGUUAUGUAUGGGAUGCCAUUUAAUGAAAUUGCAUAUUUUCAAUUAGCAUUGUUUUGUGUAUUAGGCAUUAGUUUGAAGAUUUUAAAUAGCUGAUAUCCGGGAUGUCUCUUUUGACAGUUUAUUCAGCUGUGCUACAUAGAGCACAUCUUUUGAUACUUCCAUCAUUAUCAGAAACUGCUGACAUUUAACUCUACUGUUCUUUACAGUUUAAUCUGCAUGUCUCCUCAUUUAUACCCACAUAAUGCAGUCAAUGCAUUGUAAUA